GAAUCCAUGUCUUGCUCCGCUGGAUUAUUAACCAGUGUUUUCAAAUAGAUCGCUCUCCGUGGUCUGUGGGCUAUCGCCCCUCGUGCGAGCGGUGGAAGACGGGGCUCCUCUGCCUGCACUGCCGCCCUACCUCCUCUGCUAGCUCCAUCCCACUGCCUCUUCCCUGGCCAAGCCCAGUGAGCUUCCUUCGGCAGACGGGGGUCUGCUGCCCAGUGCCUGGAUCUCGGGAUCAGCAGGAGGAAGAAGACUGUGAAGAUUUGUAAGUGAAGCAGUUUCUCUAAGAUAAAGAAAGAUCAGGAUGACCAGCUCUGCCCGAGAACAUCUCCAUUUUGCGCGACGGCGUAAUCCGCAAUUGCGUUACACUUUGAGUCCAGAGAACCUUCAAAGCCUUGCAUCUCAGGGCACUGUUGCUGAGAACAUGAACUUGCAGCGUGCCAACAGUGACACUGAUCUAGUGACCUCUGAGAGCCGCUCUAGUUUGACUGCAAGCAUGUAUGAAUAUACCCUAGGACAAUCUCAGAACCUCAUCAUUUUCUGGGAUAUUAAAGAAGAAGUGGAUCCCACAGACUGGAUUGGACUAUACCAUAUUGAUGAGAACUCACCAGCAAAUUUCUGGGAUUCCAAAAAUCGUGGUGUGACUGGAACACAGAAAGGGCAGAUCAUAUGGCGAAUUGAACCUGGUCCCUAUUUCAUGGAACCUGAAAUAAAAAUCUGCUUUAAAUACUACCAUGGCAUAAGUGGAGCCCAGCGUGCAACAACUCCAUGUAUCACUGUGAAAAACCCUGCUGUGAUGAUGGGGGCAGAAGGCACUGACGGUGCUUCUACAGGCCAGCACUGCCGAAAAUUAGUUAGUUUUACACUCUCAGAUAUUAGAGCCAUUGGACUUAAAAAAGGAAUGUUCUUCAAUCCUGAUCCUUACUUAAAGAUGUCCAUUCAGCCUGGAAAAAAGAAAACAUUUCCUACAUUUGCACACCAUGGGCAGGAAAGGCGGUCCAAUAUUAUCAGUAAUACGACUAAUCCUAUUUGGCAUAGAGAGAAAUAUUCUUUUGUAGCACUUUUAACCGAUGUCUUGGAAAUUGAAAUCAAAGAUAAAUUUGCCAAAAGCCGUCCUAUCAUCAAGCGUUUUCUUGGAAAGCUCACUAUACCAGUCCAGAGACUAUUGGAAAGACAUGCAAUAGGAGACCAGGUUCUCAACUAUAACCUUGGUAGAAGGCUACCAGCAGACCAUGUGAGUGGCUGUCUUCAAUUCAAGGUAGAGAUUACUUCUUCUGUUCAUGAAG